AAUUCUAAACCUAUAAAACGAGGUCAAACAUUGAACCGAGUUAAGUCUGCAGGUCAAACUGAAGCAUCAUGUUUACUUUGUAAAAAGUGAUAGUAUAAAAGCAACGUUUUCAUCCAAACUUCAUAUACAACAUGAUUUCCAACUUCUUAUUUAUCAUUAUUUCUUCUGUCGUUAUCAAUAAUUGUGAUGGUGUCUGUCUAAAUUACGAAGGAUUGGGAAACGUUAUCUCUGCUUUAACUGAUCCACUAUGUAAUGCUUGGUGUGAAAUCAAACUCUGUGGUCCUGGCAAAUGCAUGGAAGAUCCGAAGUCAACUACGCCAAUCCGAUGCGUUUGCGAAAAAUGUUAUAUUGACAAAAAUGGGAGAGCAGUUUACCCGGGAGAAAGUACCGACAACCAGCAAGCCCCAAUGAACAGCGAACAGCAACUUGAUAGACUAUCCGAUAGACAGCUCCAACAACAAUCUCGUAUGAAUAAUGCAUGGCAUCGUGGAGGGCAGUAACAUUGGAUUCCCUGAUAAUGCUGAUAGAUGAACUUGAAACUUUGAAUAUGAAUAUGUUCAACUAAACUGCUUAAUAAGUUAGUCUCAUGUGAUGAAACUGAACCAAAAAAU